UAAUAACAUGAAAGUUUUGUAUUUUGCAGCUGUUAAGGAUAUCACAGGAAAAGAGAUGGAAGAAGUUGAAAUACGGAAAGAAGAUUAUACUUUACAGACGCUAUCUGCGGAUUUGUGUAUGAAAUAUGGUGAAAAAUUAAAGACGUUGUUGGAGUCUUGUUUAUUUGCUGUUGAUAUGGAAUAUAUUCAAAAGAAAGACGAAUUAGAGACGUUGCUAAAAGAUGCUUCUGAAGUAGCCAUUAUUCCACCAGUCAGUGGAGGAUAACUAAUGGUUCUGCCUGUCAGAAUUUAUUGAAGAAUUGAUCCUAUUAAGCAAAUAACAGAAAUCCCUUGUUGCGUUGUCACUUUUUUCUUUUAUUGGUCAAACAAAAUAAAAUGCGAGUAUACAUUUACUGUAAGCAAUGAUUUGGAUGAAUGAUAAAUGGGUUAGUUGAUAUCCAUAGAAAAAGCAGCCAAUAACAGUAUAUAACGUUUUUGGAAUGAUGCCAGAAUAACAAAGUGAUGUCUUUUGUACUCUAUCUUUUGUUGCUUUUUCGCUCUAUCUGAGUGCCUGAAGGAGCAGAGUCAGUUUAGAAUGUUACUUGUCAUUAAACUUUCUUAUUGCGAUCAUCAUUUAUUAUAUGUAUAUGGUUUAUUAUAUAAUAAUAAUAUUGCUUCUAUCAUCAUGAGCUUUUAAUAUAUAGCUUGCAUAGAGCUCGCCUG